AUGGCAGUCGAGUCACUCUGGAACCUCCUGGGAAACUACGUGCAUUAUGACAGUGACUAUUAUGAUGAUUGUGAUUGCAGUUACAACUCUGAACUGGUGGUGGUGGACGCCUUGACAGCUGACCUGCACCAGGCAUUACCAUGGACCCUUCUUGAUGCUGCAGACGUGAUACUGGCAGCAGAAAAGAAGCUUGAUCUGCAGAGCCAGACUCAAAACUGGAGUGACCGGGUGAUACAACACAGUUUGUGCCUUAAUUUGAAGAAAACCAAGUACAUGAUCGCAGACAGACAUGAAAUGAGAAUCAUCUUGAUUACUGGUGAAGAUCUGAAUCGUGUGAGUAAGAGUGCAGAGGAUCAAGAGGAUAAUUUUUGUGACGUUGAUUGGGAAGAAAAGGAGAUUGAGGAUAGUAGUGAAGAAAAAUGUUUUAUUGGUGUAAGUGAGGAGUUGGAAGCUUUAGGGAUUACUAAUAUAAAAGAGGAUAGUUAUGAACUUAAUGAGGUACACAUGAACACAGUUGACAAUUUUAAUGAUAAGGAUGCCAGAAUUUUAGUUAGUGAGUUAUUUGAUCUUGAUACAUGUGAAAAAAAUGAGAAGGAACUGACAGCAGGAUCAUUAUACCGGCAGAAGUCAGCGAUAUUUGAUCCUGCUCUGGUCUGUGUGCUGGGGCCGGUGGGGCUUCAUAAUAAUUAA